GGUUUCUCCAAAGACACUGUUAACAUUUUGCACCAAUGGCAUACUACUUCGCACGCUAAUGGCAGGAGACAGCACUCUAGCAACUGUGACACAUGUUAUUGUGGAUGAAGUACAUGAGAGGGAUAGGUUCAGUGACUUCUUGUUAAUAAAACUGAGAGAUGUGUUGCAAAAACAGACUAAUUUAAAACUAAUUAUUUCUAGUGCUGCUCUAGAUGCAAAUCUCUUUAUUAGGUAUUUUGGAAGUUGCCCAGUAAUACACAUACAAGGAAGACCUUUUGAAGUUAAAGAGAUGUUUUUGGAGGACAUUUUACGAAGCACUGGGUAUACAAACAAAGAGAUGGUAAAGUACAAAAAAGAGAAGCACCGAGAAGAAAAACAGCAAAGCACACUUACUGAGUGGUGUUCUGCUCAAGAAAAUAGCAGCAAACUGGAAUCUCAGAGGCAAAGAUCUGUCCCAAGUGCAGCUGAAGAGUGUAAUCUGUUGGAUGAUGGUGGUGACACAGUAUUUAAUCAACUGACUGAAAAAGAUGCGAGUUGCCUUGAACCGUGGCUAAUAAAAGAAAUGGAUUCUUGUCUUUCUGACAUCUGGUUACAUAAAGAUAUUGAUUCCUUUGCUCAGGUGUUCCAUCUCAUUUUAACCGAAAAUGUCAGUGUUGAUUAUAGGCACAGUGAAACCAGUGCCACUGCACUAAUGAUUGCUUCAGGGAGAGGCUUUCUGAGUCAAGUAGAACAACUGAUCAGUAUGGGAGCAAGUAUCCACUGCAAAUCAUCCAAUGGCUGGAUGGCUUUGGACUGGGCUAAGCGCUUUGGACAGACAGAGGUGGUUGACCUGUUGGAGUCCUACAGUGCUUCAGUGGAAUCUGGAAAUCUGGAUGAAAGUUCCCUGGUCCAAACAAGUGGUAGUGACCUUAGUGCAGAGGACAGAGAACUGUUGAAAGCUUAUCAUCACAGUUUUGAUGAUGAAAAAGUGGAUCUGGACCUGAUUAUGCACUUACUCUAUAACAUCUGUCAUAGUUGUGAUUCUGGAGCAAUUUUAAUAUUUCUUCCUGGAUAUGAUGAGAUAGUUAGCCUGAGGGACCGUAUUCUUUUUGACGACAAGAGAUUUGCUGAUAAUGCGCACAGAUACCAGGUUUUCAUGCUUCAUUCAAAUAUGCAGACUUUGGAUCAGAAGAAGGUGCUUAAAAGUCCACCUUCUGGCGUCCGCAAAAUAAUUCUUUCUACUAAUAUUGCAGAAACCAGCAUAACAGUCAAUGAUGUUGUAUUUGUUAUUGACUCAGGCAAGAUGAAAGAGAAGUCUUUUGAUGCACUGAGUUGUGUUACAAUGCUAAAAAUGGUGUGGAUUUCAAAAGCCAGUGCUAUCCAGAGAAAAGGCAGGGCUGGGCGCUGUCAGCCUGGAGUCUGUUUUCAUCUCUUCAGCAGGCUCCGAUUUCAGAAUAUGUUGGAAUUUCAGACUCCAGAACUUCUGAGAAUGCCACUUCAGGAACUUUGUUUACACACAAAACUUCUGGCUCCAAUUAAUUGUCCAAUUGUUGACUUCCUGAUGAAAGCUCCUGAUCCUCCACCAGCUUUGAUUGUGAGAAAUGCUGUGCAAAUGCUUAAGACAAUAGAUGCCAUGGACCCUUGGGAAGAUCUCACUGAACUUGGUUAUCAUCUCACUGAAUUACCAGUAGAGCCACACCUUGGUAAAAUGGUGUUGUGUGCUGUUGUUUUGAAGUGCCUGGAUCCUAUUCUUACUAUUGCUUGCACUCUUGCAUAUCGAGACCCUUUUGUCCUACCUACACUGGCCUCUCAAAAGCGUGCAGCCAUGCUGUGUAGAAAACGUUUUACUGCAGGAACAUUUAGUGACCAUAUGGCGCUUCUCAGGGCUUUCCAGGCAUGGCAGAAGGCGCGCAGUGAUGGCUGGGAGAGAGCCUUCUGUGAAAAGAACUUCCUGUCUCAAGCCACGAUGGAAAUCAUCAUAGGAAUGAGAACACAGCUGCUUGGCCAGCUUAGAGCCUCAGGUUUUGUUAGAGCCAGAGGAGGAGCCGAUAUUAGAGAUGUUAAUACUAACUCUGAAAACUGGGCUGUAGUUAAAGCUGCCUUAGUGGCUGGGAUGUAUCCUAAUCUAGUGCAUGUAGACAGAGAAAGCCUGGUUUUGACUGGACCAAAGGAGAAGAAAGUGCGAUUUCAUCCUACCUCUGUUCUUAGUCAACCUCAGUAUAAAAAG